AGUUCCGCCUUUUCCCCGCUGGGUCCGAGAGGUUACGUCCCAUCAGCCUUUGCGCGCCGCCCUCCCUUCUCUUCCUCGCUGCUGCUUCCCGCGGUGGCAGCCUCCUUCCCGGCGCCAUGGCCGCCCUCAGACCCCUGGUGAAGCCCAAGAUCGUCAAGAAGAGGACCAAGAAGUUCAUCCGGCACCAGUCUGACCGCUAUGUCAAGAUCAAGCGGAACUGGCGGAAGCCCCGAGGCAUCGACAACAGGGUGCGGCGCAGGUUCAAGGGGCAGAUCCUGAUGCCCAACAUCGGCUACGGCAGCAACAAGAAGACCAAGCACAUGCUGCCCAGCGGCUUCCGCAAGUUCCUGGUGCACAACGUCAAGGAGCUGGAGGUGCUGCUCAUGUGCAACAAAUCCUACUGCGCAGAGAUUGCCCACAAUGUCUCCUCCAAGAACCGCAAAGCCAUCGUGGAAAGGGCAGCCCAGCUGGCCGUCAGAGUCACCAACCCCAACGCCAGGCUGCGCAGUGAAGAAAAUGAAUGAGCAGCUUGGGUGCACAUUUUAUUUGUGUUUAAGUAAAACCUUGAAAACUGC